AUGUCUUAUGAUUAUUAUGGAUUUAUCAUAAUAUUAUUUCUUGGUUUAACAUCAGCAAAUUCAUGUUGGAAUACAAUAUUUAAUAAUAUAACAUAUGGUCAUAUAGAAAAUAUAAAUUUUUAUAUCGGACAAUCUCAAACAAAAAAUUUAUCAUGUUCAUGGAUAAUAAAUAAUGAAAAACAAUUUAAUCAAUCAUAUUAUAUUAUAUCAUUACGUUUAAUUAAAUUAGAAAAUGAUCAUACAUUAUGGUCAAAUGAAUUAAUAUUAAAAACUGAUAAUAAACAAAUUAUACUUGAUGAUAUUAAUCAACGAACAUUUUUUAUUCCAUCAACAUCAGCUAUUUUAGAAAUUUAUUUUCAAUCAAAAUUACAAUCAAAUAGUUUAAAUAUUCAUCGAUUUUUACUUGAAUUUAUUCAUAUAAAUAAUAAUAAUAAUAUUGAUAAUAAUAAUGAUUAUUUUCAUUGUCAUAAAAGUGGUUUAAUUAUACCAAAACAAUGGAAAUGUAAUUGUUUAUAUGAAUGUUUAGAUGAUGAUCAUAGUGAUGAAGAAAAUUGUCCAUUAUGUCCUAUGAUUAAAACAUCAAAUAGUUUAUUAUGUCGUUCUAAUGAAACUUGGUGUUUACCUAUGACAAAUCAUACCGAUCAAAUUGAUCCGAACGGUGUUUGUAUUCCACAUGAACAAAAUCCUCAAUGUUCAUAUUCAUCAAAUUGUGAAACAAUUAUAUCAUAUUAUAAAGAUUAUGGUGAAAUUAUAAUUGAUAAUUCAACACUUUCUGAUCGUCAAUCAUUAUGUUUUAUAAUAAUUACUAAAGAAAAACAUAAAAUAAAAUUAAUUAUUAAUCAAUAUAAUUUUCUUAUUCAACGUCCUGAUUUAGAAUUCUUUGUAUAUGAUGGUAGUGAACAACAAAAUCAAAUACUUUUUUCAUCUAAUAUGUUAACAUUAAAACAAACAAUACAAACACGUGAAAAUCAUCUAGCAACAAUUAUAAUACGAAAACGUUCAAUAGAAAAUAUAAAUACAGUUUUUAUAAAUCCACAAUAUUAUGUAAAUAAUAUUCUAUUUAAUAUUACAUGGUUAACAAGUUUAUGUCCAUAUAAUCAAAUGCUUUGUAGUGGUCAUUAUGAAACAAAAUGUUAUACACUUAAACAACGAUGUGAUGGUAUUUGGGAUUGUAUUAGUGGUGAUGAUGAAUUAGGUUGUUUACCAGCAUCAUGUCCAACAACAUUUGCAUGUAAUGAUCCAAUACGUGUACCAUCUGAUCAACCAAGAUGUUAUACAUGGUUUGAACGUUGUAAUGGAAAUGCAUUUUGUGUUAAUCGUAAUGAUGAAAAAAAUUGUACAAAUUGGUGGUGUAAUUCAAAUAAUGGAACUUUUCUUUGUAAAAAUUUAAAUUGUAUUUAUGAAACAUGGGUUUGUGAUGGUACUAAUGAUUGUGGUGAUAAUUCCGAUGAAAUUAAUUGUCCAUAUCGUAUUCCUCGUCGAAUAAUGUCAGCUGCUGUUAUUGGUGCUACUAUGUGUUCAACAUUAUUAAUUAUAGCACUUGGAUGUACUUGUAAACUUUUACAUUUACGUUCAGCUGAACGACGAGCUUCAUCACGUUUAUUAAAUCCUCAACAAUAUAUUCAACAUCGACGAGAAGAACUUCAACGGCAAUCAACUCAACAACAACAACCAAUAAUAAACAAUGAUAAUUCAUCACCUGUAACAGAUGAUACACGACGUAUUGCACCACCAUCAUAUAAUCAAACAAUGGGCUAUUCUAAUGAUGAUGAAGAACGACAAGUAUUAAUUGCAGAAUAUUUAAGAUUGGCUGGUUUAGAUAGUUUUAUUCCAUUACCAUUUAUGAAUUCUAACUCAAGAACAUCAAGGCAUAGAAAUCGAAGACACAGAAGACAUCGUCGUCGUCAUUAUCAUUAUCAUCGAAGCGAAAAUGAAGAUUCUCGUAUUCCUUUGAUUGAACCAAAUCCAACAUAUACAAAUCCGCCUCGAUUAUUAACAAAUCGUUUUGGUCGUUUUCGUUCUCGACUUCGUUCUCUAUUUACAAGAAAUCUUUCUAUAAAUAAUAAUAAUAUUAUUUCAUCAAAUAAUUUAGAUACAUAUGAAUGUUAUAAUUCCUUACAACCGAUUGCACUAUCUAAUCGAUCUUUUAUUGAAUCUCAAGAAUUACCACCAGCUUAUUCUGAUGAACCAUUAUUAUCAAUUCAUCAUGAAAAUGAUAUUCAAUCAACAACAACAACAACUAUUCCGACUACUACAACAUCAUCAACAUUAUUUUGUAUUCGUAAACGACAAAUACCUUUAAAUACAUUAUGUGAUCAUUUAGAAGAACAACCAUCAUCAUCAUCCAUACCAAUAACUACAAUUCAAGACGAUGAACAAGCUAGUAGUGAUGAUGAUAAACUUUUAAUGCCUUGA